AAUUGCUAUCCCCCAUCGAAAAAAAAAAAAAAACAAAGUUGCUACCCACAUCAAAGUACAAUAUACCAAGGCUCAACAAAGCAUAGAAAUCCAACCCAACUUCAAUUCCAUCAUGGAGACUUAUUUCUACCAACACCCAAAUUCAGAUUUCUCCCAAGAAUCAUCAUUCGGAGAAUUUUCAUGGGAUGAACUUCUUUUCCACCAUAAUUCCCUUCCUUUCAACCUUGAUGACUCCCAAGAAAUGCUACUUCUAGAUGUCCUAGCCGAGGGAGCCAAAGAAACAUCAGAAAACAAUUCCAUAGGCAUAGUUAAGGAAGAGGAAGUCACAUCCAAUGUCCAAGAAGAAGUAUGUGAGAAAGAGAAGGCUUAUAGAGGAGUUAGGAGGAGGCCAUGGGGUAAAUAUGCAGCAGAGAUAAGGGAUUCAACUAGGCAUGGCAUCCGGGUUUGGCUCGGAACCUUUGAUAGUGCUGAGGCUGCAGCUCUAGCAUAUGAUCAAGCUGCAUUUUCAAUGAGGGGUUCCUUAGCUGUGCUCAAUUUUCCAGUUGAAGUGGUCAAGGAGUCACUACAAGACAUGAAGUACAGAUGUGAAGAAGGUUGCUCACCAGUUGUUGCACUAAAGAGGAGGCACUCCAUGAGAAGAAAAUCAAUGACAAGGAAAAGUAAAGGGAAAGAAGUGAAGUCACAAAAUCUGGUGGUAUUUGAGGACUUGGGAACUGAAUAUUUAGAGGAGCUUUUAAGCAUAAGCUCACCUGAGAGUUUCUAGUCCGUGGUGGACCAUUUCAACCUUUUUUUUUUUCCUUGUUCUAGCUAGUGUCACUAUUCCUUUGUUUUUUCCAUUUUUGUGGUUUUGGAUUUCUAUUGUCUCAGUUUGAUCUUA